GCCCGGCUAAGACGCAGCAAGCCGCAGACGCCAAUCCUCUCGCGGCGAUUCCCAGUACAUUGCCGAAAAUGCCGGCGCGGUCCUCUCAUAGCUUCUCCACGUGGAAAGUUCGUCAACAACGAGGCACGCAGCCAUGGACAGGACAGUGGCAAAUAUGAGCAGCGAACAAUUGCAUCGAAAGAGGACAUUCGACAGGCUUAAUCAAAGAGCUGCGAGAGCGCGGAAGAAGUCGCGUAUAGCAGAGCUAGAAGAAGAGGUCGCUGAUCUGAAGCGGCGCCUUACGCGCUCGGAAGGCCUCGUCAAACAGCUGCAGAACAAUGAAACAUGCCUUCGAGAGAUCAUCAAUUCGGCGCGAGUGUCUCUUCAGAUGGUCGAUCACCACACCGUCUCCCCAAUUGAUAGAGAUGAGUCCUCACCAUCGGUUGGAGCAGUCCCAGACCCAUCCUUCGCUGAGGCCGGGCUCGACUUGUCUCAAACCUCAACAUCUCCCCCCACCCGUAUUGGGGCCAAUACAACGUUAAACUUCGCAUCGCACUCACUAUCUACUGGCCGGAGCGAUGGCUCAGCGACUAUCGAUGCUUCAGCUCACGGUGGAACGUCGACUGAGGGUGUGCUUUUGAGAGAUGCGGACACUGGGCUGAGCCUAGAGCUCCCUAUCAGUGCAGACGAGUCUCUUUUCAAUAUGUGGGAUGGCACUUCGAUUCUGGGACCGGACACGAACAAUACAUACUCGUUGUCACUAUUCGGCGCGAAUGGAGCACAGGACGGUGUCGGCAUCCCAGAGGAUUGGCCUUUCGCACCAGCGCUUCCGUUGUUAGACGUGGCAGGCACAGCUUCACAGCCUCCGUCCUGGGAGCAACUGCCGCUUCAUGAAUCUGCCACCUGUCGGCUCGAUUCUGUAUUGCUGGAGAUCAUCGUUACCAGCCGUCAGCAUUUGCAAUCUUCUGGUCAGCUUCCAGAAAGGUCUUUCCCUAGCGUUCGAUCAUUGCUCAACCCUGCUACCGGUAGUUCGCAAAAUCCGAUUUCGAAUGCUUUAGGCCAGCACGGUAAAAUCAGCAUGGCAGUCAAAGGCUCAGCUGAAAGGGUUGCGUGUUUGUAUUAUUUGAGCCUCUUGCUACGAUGGCUCAUAUCCCCCACGAAGCGCAAUUACGAAGCCAUGCCGGACUUCCUGAGGCCUGUAGAAGCUCAGCUGACCAUAGCUCAUCCGAUUUGGAUUGACACGAUUGUUUGGCCUGAAGCACGGAAGCGCAUACUCCAGUACAUGGAUUUGUCUGAAGGGCGGGAGUUCUCCAAGCUACGGGAGAUCACGGGCAACUCGCUAUCAAUCCAUUGGCCGUAUGAUCUAUCCAGUAUCCUCAUCGUCGCAUCGAACAGUGAGCUGCAGCUCAAUCCGGAUUUCGAAAGUCACGUCCGGCAGCUGAAGAAUUGGACAGUCGGGCCCAACAUGGUGGAAACAUUCCCAUACUUAGACUGCAUUCCGACAACGCCUUGAUCACGCAUGUUUCGAAUGACUUGGUCAGCGCUGCAGCUGAUGUAAGACUUCAUUGUACUAUACGGUGUUUGUUGAUCGCUAGUAGCAGCUCUCCAGGACUGGCCAUUUUGUCCCGGCUACACCUUGUGUCAUCUGAGCUAUUCGCUCUUGCGCGUAAAGAAGGGGUGUCAAGACAUAUUGUCUACUCGGC